CCUGCCCUCACCCUCCGGCCCUCUGCUCCCGCCCAGCUCUGCCCUUUGCCCUUCACCUCUGCGCAGUACCUCUGUGGACUGCGGCUCAGGCACUCCGGCGACCGGCGGCCAGGCCUCCCCAGCGCGGCAGUGCCCUCCGGCAGUCCAAGUCCGUGCCAUCCACAUCUAGUUUAGCAUCCAGCCAUCUACCAAGUCCAUGCCACAUUGCCACUGAUUUUACUCUGUUUAUGUAAUUGUGAUGUGGAUGAAAAGAAAGCAUGUUAGCUUAUUUGAACUGUGGGACAAAUCUUCAAAGGCAAGAAAGUUAACUUCUACGUCCACACCAACUCCUAUUUCUGAGGAGGUUGAGAGCAAUCUGCAGCCAGCACUAGUACCAACACAUGAUGAAACUCCACAACCGGAGAGGGAGAGAGGCUCCCCGACCCCAAUUAUAGAAGAUGAUGAAGCGGUUGAUGAAGAUGAUGAAUCAAUUCCCCAAUUUGAAGCAGAUUUGGCUGCUCUGGAACGUGAUCCCGGCAAGCGACUCCCUAUAUCUUCAUAUCAUGUCAAUGACCAGGAUAGAGUUAGAAGGAGAUACAUUGACUUGGGAGCUUGUCAACCAAAGGAUCAUAAGUUUGAAAUUAGAGAUUUUAGUGGACAUUCUCGUCGCCUUUCUCCUACUUGGUUUAAAGAUCAUAAGUGGCUUGAGUACACCGUGGAAAAAGAGGCUGCUUUUUGCUUUGUUUGCUACUUGUUCAAGGAUAAAACAAAAAGUCCCGGAGGAGAUGCAUUUGUGAAUGGUGGGUUUAAUAAUUGGAACAUGAAAGGAAGAUUGAAGAGGCAUAUUGGAGCUUUUAGUAGUGCUCAUGCUGAAGCUCAAGAAAAAUAUGAUAUGUUCACUACAACUACAACAUCAAUUAGGGAGUCUAUUGCUUCAAACACCUCACAAUACAAGGCUUUGUAUAAACAGCGUUUGACAUGGACACUCAAGUGUGUGAGAUUUCUAUUGAGCCAAGGCAUAGCAUUUAGGGGGCAUGAUGAAAGUGAAGACUCGCUAAAUAAAGGAAAUUUCCUUGAGCUUCUAAAUUGGCUAGCAGGAAACUUUGAAGAGGUUGACAGGGUUGUUCUCAAGAAUGCUCCACAGAACUGCAAGAUGACUCACCAUGAUAUACAGCAAGAGGUGAUAAAAUGUUGUGCACAAGAGACUACUAAACUAGUCAUUGAAGAACUUGACGGUGGUCAUUUUGCAAUACUUGCAGAUGAGUCUAGUGAUGUGUAUCAGAAUGAACAAUUGGCUGUUUGCUUGCGUUAUGUUGAUAAGAAAGGAAGGGCGGUUGUAAGAUUUCUUGGUCUUGCUCAUGUUGAAGAUACCACCUCUUUGACACUAAAAGCUGCAAUUCAGGAAAUGCUUAUGGACUACAAUUUGACCUUUGCAAUGGUUCGUGGGCAAGGAUAUGAUGGAGCUAGUAAUAUGAGAGGUAAUGUUAAUGGCCUAAAAAAACUGAUUAUGGAUGAGUCCCCUUCUGCCUACUAUGUUCAUUGUUUUGCCCAUCAAUUACAGUUAACUCUUGUUGCUGUUGCUAAGGAGAGUGGUGAUUGUACUUGGUUCUUUCAGCAGCUUGCACACUUGUUAAAUGCUCUUGGCAUGUCUUGUAAAAAGAUGAGAAUGCUUCGGAUAGCUCAAGCUGAAGAACUCAUUGAUGCACUGGAAUUGGAAGAAGUAGAAACAGGGAGUGGGCUGAAUCAGGAAAUGGGUUUGGGAAGGCCAUGUGAUACACGUUGGGGCUCUCACUUCAAAACUGUGAACCAUGUCAUCUCUAUGUAUGGUGCACUACGACGAGUCCUUCGCAAGAUUGGAGACGAGUACCAUGGUGCGGAGGCACAAGCGGCUCUAUCCAUAGAGACAAUAUUUCGAUCAUUUGAGUUUGUUUUCAUGGCACACUUGAUGCAAGAAAUAUUUGGAUACACAGAUGAGUUGUGUAGAGCUUUGCAAAAGCAAGACGAAGAUAUUGUUCAUGCUAUUGAGCUUGUUAGUGACACAAAGUAUUACUUGGAAGCUUUGAGGACCGAUGCUGGAUGGGAUGAUUUUCUCACAAAGGUCACAUCUUUUUGUACAAAGCAUAAGAUCAAAGUUGUUGAUAUGGAGGGUCCUUACUUUCCCGUUGGCCGGCCUAGAAGGGGUUUAUGUAAUGGUGUGACCAAUUACCACCGCUUCAAGGUUGAUAUGUUUGUGGGUGUCAUUGAUAGGCAAAUCAGUGAGCUGAAUGGCAGGUUUGAUGAGGUAAACACGGAGCUACUUUCUUGCAUGGCAGCAUUUUGUCCACUUCAUCUAUUUGCUGCUUAUGACCAAGAGAAGUUGGUUAGGCUUGCUACAAGGUUUUAUGCUUCCGAUUUUACAAGUGAUGAACUGGCAAGACUUCCAUGGCAACUAAACAUGUAUGUUACUAAUGUGCGUAGAGAUGAAAGGUUUCAAAACCUGAAAAAUCUGUGCCAGCUUUCAGUUAUGCUUGUGGAGACAAACAAGCAUGAACUAUAUCAUAUUGUUUACAAGCUUCUUAAGUUGGUAUUGAUUCUCCCAGUAGCUACUGCUAGUGUUGAAAGGGUAUUCUCUUCAAUGAGCUAUGUGAAGAAUAAGCUAAGGAACAAAAUGGGUGAUGAAUAUUUGAACAAUUGUUUGGUUACAUUUGUUGAGAGAGAAUUUUUCAAUCAAGUGAAGGAUGAAGAUGUCAUCAAUCUCUUCCAGAAAGGCGACCACAAAGUUAUAUUGUAAGAAGGAUAUCAUCACUUUAUCAAUCAAAAGAGGAAGGUUCAAGCAAGAGGUUUGACAGCUGGUGCAUAGAGCUUCUCGCAAGGAAUAUUCUGAAUUCCAGAGUUGGGCUUUGGCUUUUCUGUAUAUACAUUUCCUUUUCUUUUGCAUUUCUUUACAGUCAUUUUAGACUCUAUGCCAGCUAUCUCAGCUGCAUUUUUACUUUCUUUUUCGUAACUUUAGAUGAAAAUCAAUAAAGACACAAUAGGGGAAAAUCCCUUCUGGUUCCCUAAGAAAAAUUAGACGUAAAUUUCUUGGACCGCCAAGACGCCUGUUUCCAAGGGGAAAGCUUGAACCUUUUGAGAAUCACUAAAAGAAAGAGUCAAGCUUUAACUCUGUGAUGAUUUGAUUAACACUACUAGCACUAACUGCCAAUUAAAUUGCUUGUACGCUAGCACUAAAGCACUAUGUACACGUACACGUACACAGAUCUAGAAUACUCCAUAGACCAUGGUUUGUACGUUAAUGCCAAUCUAAAUUAUUGUACAUGCAUCUAGAGUGCUCCAUAGACGGUGGUUUGUACGUUAAUGCCGAUAAAAAACUGCCCAUUGCAUUGCUUAUCCACCUAUCAUGGUGUCCAUCUGGCAGCACAUUGUCAGGGUCGAGUAGACAUACUGGACUAUAAAUUAAUACCGCCCAAAGUGAGUCCAUGCCACGAUAGGCUACACAGACAGACAUGGUUUAUGGCCCAUAAAGACCUGAAGAGAUGUCGAUGGUGCCUUGAAGCGAAAGCACCAACAACAUGGUCCGUCUAUGUCUUUCUGAAAGAGAUGUAUUGCCAGUAUCAUAGUGUUGGUGCUUUCGCUCAAGCCACCAUCGACACCUGAAUCUCAUGCCGAAACGGUUAUGAAGCGCGGGAGCUAUAUCUCGCUUAUAACGAGAUGUAAGCUUCCCUCUCCUGAACCAUUUCUCAGAUCGCUACAUUAAUGGGUAGGACCUUUUUCUAUUGUUAGUUCGCUCGUUCGCAUUGCUCGUUUCGUUAACUUUUUCUAUUUUUUCUGUUUUCUUCAAUUUUCUUUGUUUCUCAUCGGUUUUUAAUCUGAUUUUCUUUGUUCUUUCGAUGGUUUUCUUGGUUUUUUAUCGGUUCCACUGGUUUUUAUUUUUAGUUCUUUUUUCUUACACAAUCUACAUUUUCCGCAUACAUCUAAAACAUUUUCUGUACAUGUUUUACAUUUUUCAAAUAUACAUGAUUAGCAUUUUUAAAUCUAUUUUUUGUUGUCUAUUGUUGUGGAUAGACAUUCUACAUUUUUCUACACAUUAGGAACAUUUUUUAUGUAGAUAUUUAACAUUUUUAAAAUACAUAAUUAAUAUUUUAUAUGUCUAUUUUUUGCGUACACAUUGUACAUUUUUUAUACAUAAGAAACAUUUUAUUAUACAUGUUUAACUUUAAAAAAAUACAUGAUUAACAUUUUUUAGACAUAU